CGGGCGCUGAGACGGGGGUGACGUUCGGGCGAGGCCUCUGCUGCACCAGGCGGCGCUGCCUCCCCCGAAGGCGCAGGCAGGCCGAGCUGGGCGGCGUCACAGGAGACGGGCGGAGCGCCUGGCUUCCCCCGCCCCUUUCGGGUGAGGAUCGGGCCCUGCGCGGCGGCCUAGCAGCUCCUUUCUCCGAACGCCGCGCGGGGACACGUGUGUGGAUGAGCGCGCGCGCGCGGGGCGGACGCAGCGUCCCCGUCGGGUGAGUGCGGGCCGGGGAAGGGCGCCGGGCAAGGUUGCCGUCCAGCCCAGCCGGUGUUGGGGAGAGGCCCGAGUAAAGUUCCCUUGCUUAGCAGGGCAGCUAUUGCCACCACAUGGUGACGCACCAUGCCCAUAGUGGACAAGCUGAAAGAAGCCCUAAAGCCAGGGCGGAAAGACUCUGCUGAUGAUGGUGAGCUGGGCAAGCUGUUGGCUGCUUCUGCCAAGAAGGUCUUGCUGCAAAAGAUUGAGUUUGAACCAGCCUCCAAAAGCUUUUCAUACCAGUUGGACAGCCUCAAAAGCAAAUAUGUUCUGCUGAACCCGAAGACAGAAAACUCUAGUCGGCAUAAAGGCUGUGAGGAAGGAUCUGGACGGAAACAAGGCAUUGAGCAUGUGCUGGGAGGUGAUGGAGUACCAGCCCCACAGAAGGUUCUCUUUCCUGUAGAUCGUCUGUCCUUGAAAUGGGAGCGGGUGUACCGUGUUGGAGCUGGUCUCCACAACCUUGGCAACACCUGCUUCCUCAACUCCACCUUGCAGUGUCUGACAUAUACCCCACCUCUCGCCAGUUACCUGCUUUCCAAGGAGCAUAGUCGCAGUUGCCACCAGGGAGGCUUCUGUAUGAUGUGCGUUAUGCAGAAUCACAUGAUUCAGGCUUUUGCUAACAGUGGCAAUGCCAUCAAGCCGGUGUCCUUCAUCCGAGACCUUAAAAAGAUUGCUCGGCACUUCCGUUUUGGCAGUCAGGAGGAUGCACAUGAGUUCUUGCGCUACACCAUUGACGCCAUGCAGAAGGCCUGUCUCAAUGGUUACACCAAGCUGGAUCGUCAGACUCAGGCUACUACGUUGGUGCAUCAGAUCUUUGGCGGCUACCUCCGAUCACGAGUGAAGUGCUCUGUUUGCAAGAGUGUUUCUGACACUUAUGACCCCUUCCUGGAUGUGGCUUUGGAGAUCAGGCAGGCUGCCAACAUUGUGCGUGCACUGGAAUUGUUUGUAAAGGCAGAUGUGCUGAGUGGGGAGAAUGCUUACAUGUGUGCCAAAUGCAAAAAGAAGGUGCCAGCCACCAAGCGCUUCACCAUCCAUCGGGCUUCGAAUGUACUCACAAUCUCCCUCAAGCGCUUUGCCAAUUUUAGUGGAGGCAAAAUCACCAAGGAUGUGGGCUAUCCUGAGUUCCUGAACAUCCGUCCUUAUAUGUCACAGAGCAGUGGUGACCCUGUCAUGUAUGGGCUCUAUGCUGUGCUUGUGCAUUCAGGAUACAGCUGCCAUGCAGGGCAUUACUACUGUUAUGUCAAGGCCAGCAAUGGUCAGUGGUACCAGAUGAAUGAUUCUUUGGUACAUUCGAGCAACAUCAAAGUUGUUCUCAAUCAGCAGGCCUACGUGCUGUUUUAUCUUAGGAUCCCAAGUCCCAGGAAGAGUUCUGAAGGGUCACUCUCCAAGAGCUACCCUGUGUCCAACCGAGCAAGCAUUGUCUCUGACCACAUGAAGAGAAGCACGACUAAUGGUGCCCUCGCGUCACCACUGAUCAGCAAAAGGUCAGAUGUGUCUCAGGCCAAGAAGAUCUUGGAGCCUGAGGAAUCUGGUGUCCCUGUACCCCGCAGCUCCUUUCCUUCCAACUCCAAACCUCAGAAUGGGACUGGUCCUCCUCCCAAGCUCUUCUCUAAUACUGGCUUCUUGUCGCCGAAACUCCUCAACAAGCCAACUUUCCUGGAUGACUUAAGCAAGAGAUCCAAGAAGCAGUCUUUCCUCAAGACAUCUCAGGACUACAGUGAGACUAGUGCUGCCAGGGUGGAGAUGUGCAAGCUGAAUUCCUGGGAAGACAAGGGCUUGACUCCCUCUUCACAGCUGCUAGAGAGUCCUACGGAUGAAGCUCGUGACGAAGGUGCCGAUCUGCAAAGCAAGGACUCCUCAUCUUUAACAACCUCUUCCACAUCUUCGAGCAGCUCCUCUUCAUCCAGUCCAGCACAUCACUCGAACAAGGGGCUCCCGCAAGCCACAAUGGGCAUCAAUGGCUAUUGCUCCUCUCAGGAAACAGACUGUGGCUCUGGGAAAUCUGUUUCUGAGGACUCCAAGUUUGCCAAGUUAAAAUCGCCAUUGCUUGCUACUAUGACCAAUCUGGAGCUGGGAAGCACCAUGUCCCCCCCACCUGCAAAGAAACUGGCCCUGUCUGCCAGGAAGGGCAACAACACACUGCAGAAAGUGAGCGGCAGUGAGCAUCAGGCACCACCCCACUCCCCACCAGCCGCCACAAACACCACCCACCCCGUCUGCGCCGCUGCACUUGGCUAUCGCAGGGUGCUCUCAUCUGCUUCCAAAUCUUCGGCACCUCCACACUCAGCCAACGCCACCUUUGCCAACUUUACACCCUCAUCCAGCUUCAAAUCAUGCUGCCUCUCUUCUGCCCCUCUGUCACCACCUGUUGUGCCCAAAGGGGCAUGGAGACACUUUGACUCAGACAAAGCUAAGGGCCCUUCCUUUGCCAGCUCCAAAAAAAGAAAAAGGAAGCAUAGCCCUUCAGGAGAGGCACAAGGUACCCAUUGCAGCCCAAGCAUGAUAGAAGACAAUGUGGUCAGGACCUGGCUUUCCAGUCCUCCCAGGAAGAAGAGGCAACUGAAGGAGAAUGGCAGCAUCAUGGCCUCUUCUGUACAGGUGAAGGUGGCAGCCAGAAAAAGAAAAGAGGAGGGAAUGGCUGAGGAUCAGACAGUACCUGGUUCAAAUCUAACCAGUUCCAUCCGGAAAAAAAAGAGAAAAAAGAGGCUGCGGCAGAUGGAGGAAGACUACAAAUCUUUGCUGUCCCCUGUGAACAACUGUUUUCCACAAUAUGAGGAAGAGGUUUGCUUGGAACGUGUGUCUACGGAAGAGUCCUGCUUCCUGAAGAAGAAAAAGAAGAAAAAGCAGCUCUCUUUGCCAGGUUUAGACAAAGGCAGCACUGCUGCAGAGAGUGAGCACCGCAAGCACAAGAGGAGGGAGAAACUGGGUGGUUCCGCCUCUGAGGUCAUCAGCCCCCCUGAAGAGCUAAGUGAGAAUGGCCUUUGCACAGCCAGAGUUGAUUCUCCAGCAGCACUGACCUGGGGCAGCCAGCAUAAACACUGGGACAAGUACUCCUCAAAUGUGCUGAGUCCGAAGAAGGAAGUGACUCAGUGCAAACGAGCGCAGUCUGAUGUGGUCCAGGAGCUGCUGAAGGAUUCUUUGGAUAAAGCUUAUGGAAAAGAAGUACUGACAUGGGAUGGUGAGGUGUCUGCUGUCAGCCAGGAUGCCGUGCAUGAUGCUAUGUGGCUCCACAGCCAGACAGUCCUUGAUGACUGGGAUGAAGAGUUUGACAGUGGGAAGGUGAAGAAAAGCAAGAAAAUCAAACGUGAGCGGAGGAGAAACUUCAAUGCCUUCCAGAAACUGCAAAAUCGUCGUAAUUUCUGGGCUAUAACACACCCAGCUAAGGUGGCUAGUCUGAGCUAUCGGCUCUAAACCGAUGAGUUCUUAGCUCCAGCCACGCUGUGAUGGAUUCCUGUACGUUGGGGUGUAAUGUCAUUAACACGGUUGAAAGCUGCCAUCUCUACAGAGUUUUCAGGAAAGGUCCUCUUCUGGUCCUGAGCAGGAUGCUUCCAUCUCUGAGGACUCUGGUUCUUUUAUGCAAGGUCUGGGGAAGCAGGCACCGGGCUUUGAAGAGCGUUCUGUCUCCUGAAGGUGGCCCCAGCGGAGCUGUUCUUUCUAGUCUGGGGUGAUCAACCCCCUAAAGUAAAAGCCGACUGUUGCUUCCACCCUCACAAGCCUAGCUUUGGUGAGCUAUAGCCCUCCUCUGCCUUUCCUGCCAGGAAAAAACGAAGAGUGCUACUUCCAGCUCCAGAGAGGUCACGAUUACCUUGCCUGAUCUGGCAGUUGCCCCUUUUCCUCAUUUCUGGCUAUGUUGUCAUUAAGACAAGGUUACUGACGUGGCUGUUCUCCAUUCCUCAUGAGCCCUGCCUCUGGUUUCUACCUUUCAGAAACAUUUUCCCCAGAACUCCUCCAGAUCCCAUUCCUGCUACCUGGAACAUUUUGGAGCAGAGUUCUGCAUGACAAGGAAAGCUGCUGGUCAGGUUUUGGAUGCCCUGGAUAAUUUUUCAGAGAUCACUGUUGGGGGCCUUCAAAUGGCUGAUUAACCCAUGACAGCUUCUAAGUGGUACCUUAUUCAUGAGAUGCAGAUCUGUGAUGUCUUGUGUCAGUUGCUGGGCUGUUCCACUUCUGUCUGAAGGUGGGGAGUUAAAUGAUUGAAUUCUCCCACAAAUUAAAUCUCUGCACAUACUAAACUACAGGGUUCGGAGGGUUCAUUUUAUUUUGUUUACACAUGGGAGUAAUUUACAUUCUAUCCCUCACCUGCAGUCUGAGCUGGGUAGAGUCCAGUGAUUGAAACGGAACUGGAGAAUUGCUGAUUGAGCAUGUUUGUCACCUCAGAUCAGGGGGGGUAGGAAUCAGGGAAAGCUGUCUUGGGUCUCCCAGCACACUACUUCUCCUCUUCUGCUAAUUUAUUUCUGACAGCUGUUGUUGCAAAGUUUGUGGACUCAAGAGGACCCAAAUCUCUCGACAGCAGCAGAUUUUCACCUCAAUUUGUAUUGAAGAGGUUGUCAGAAAGAUGGCUGCUUUGGCAGAUUAGCCAUUCUUCUGCUGCAAGCGACCCAGCUAGGCCUGUGCUGAGCUUUCCCACUGUGGUGGCUCUCAUGCCAAGUUAAAAGGGGUUGUGCUUUCACAGUACUGUGGACUUGGCUUCUCUUUUGUUCCUCGUGUUGGGCUACUGUUGCUUAACCUCAGUGGCUCUCCUAAAUGAGCAUCCGUGACCUGCAGCUUUCCAUAGAUGCACGAUCAGUUCCAGGAGCAGGUCCAUGUGCAUCCAUCCCAUUAAUCCGCACACCCUUGCGUUGUCCAUAUUGCCCAUUCAAGUCUCGCACCCAUCUCCUCUUCUUUGCCUGGUGGGUGCAAGAGUUGAAAAUUAGCCUAAUUCGCUCCAGCAUGUAAACAUUGAAACAGUUAUCAAAACAGAUUUGACCCUUGAAUUUAUUUUGAGUUAGCAGGGUUUUUUUUUCCUGGUGGGGAGGGGGGCUUUGACACACUUCACUUUCUCAGUGGAGGGGGGGACCCAAGUCUCCCCUGCUCACCCUGUGACAGUGCCCUUUUACAAUCUCCUGCCAAACAAGUUUAAAAAUAUCUAUGUAGAUACCCUUGAUGAAGGGUAUAUUUUGCACCUUGUGCUAGGAUUUAUUGCAAUAACCCUGGUUGUAGCAAAGGUCCAUGGUGCAAUAAAAGGAAUGUUUUGUGUA